CCCCACUCUCGCGAGACUCGGGGGCCGGAAAAAUGGCGCCGUUGUGAAAGCGAGCCCGCGGCCGCCGUGGGAGUAGGCUGCGAGCCUCCGCCGGAGCUGCGAGGACGAGAGGCCGAGCCGGGCUGAGGAUGGAAGAGGAGCCCUCGGGGGACCCAUGCCCCAACCAGCCGGCCACUGCAGAGCCCAGCUCCAGUGAGACCGUCCCGGAGGCGGUGUCCCCGGUGGCCCCCGCAGCAGCCACUUACUCCAGCAUGGGGGAGGAGCCAGGCCCUGACCGGGCAGCCACACCCCCCGUGUGGGAACGUGUUGGGGCCGGAGGGACGCAGCAGGGCUCCUUGCCAGCCUCGGAGGACGUUGCCCAUCCUGACCCGGGCCCUGGUCUCGGUCUGACCAGCACAGUCUCCGGGACCAGCGAGGACCUGCGGUCUCCCCGACGUCGCCCGCCGCCACCACCAGGUAAGCACAUAGCCUGCUCCAGCCCUGGCUGCUGCCUCAGUUUCCCCAGCAUUCGAGACCUGGCCCAGCAUUUGCGGACCCAUUGCCCACCCACACAGUCUCUGGAAGGCAAACUGUUCCGCUGUUCGGCGCUGAGCUGCACCGAGACGUUCCCCAGCAUGCAGGAACUGGUGGUCCACGGCAAGCUGCACUACAAACCCAACCGCUACUUCAAGUGUGAGAACUGCCUGCUGCGCUUCCGCACACACCGCUCCCUCUUCAAGCACCUGCAUGUGUGCGCCGAGCGUGCCCAGAGCCCAGCCCCCCCGCCGCCGCCGCCGCCGCCGCAGCCCCCCGCCCUGGACAAGGAGCCGCCAGUGUCCGAGCGCCCCGCGGAGUCCGACCCCGCCUCGGGGCCGGGCCUGCCGUUCCCGCUGCUCGAGCCCUUCGCCACCCCCGCCCCGACGCCCUCGGGGCCUUUCCGGCCCUACUUGAACCCCGCGCCCUUUGGCCUGAACCCCCCACGCCUGCGCCCCUUCCUGGCCGCUGCGCCCGGGCCGCCCGCCUCCAGCGCCGCCGUCUGGAAGAAGAGCCAAGGUGCAGGCGGCAGCCCACGAAGACCCCAGGGCGGCUCGGACGCGCCCCCAGGUGCGUGCAGGUGAUCGCCGGGAUGGGUGGAGGGGAUUCCUUACCUGCGACCCGCCGGACCCAGCGUGGGGGCACAGCUGGCGCUGUCGCCGCCCCCUUUCCCAGGUGGUCGGAAGA